UUCGGUCGGAGAACAGCGAUUCGGUAAACGGGCUCUCAAGGCAGGGUAGCACACAUAUUCGUGUGUAGAAUCGUAUUUUUACAGGUUACAGAACGACGGGGGUGCCGUAGAUGAUAGAGGGGGCCAAAGAAGAGAGCAGAAAACAAUGAACGACACCAAGAAAGACGGUAGUAUGGCUGCAGACGGAGUCCGAGGACCGGGUGAGCUGCAAAUGGCCCCCUCUGUGAACCACAACCAGCAUGACAGCGGCACCGGCGACGAGCUGGUGAGCUCUGUGACCCUAUACAGACGAAGACCGCGACUGCUACACGGCACUGUCCUCCCGUUUCUGGCUGUUCUCUACCCGGGCUGGCUGUAUGUGUGGUUAGGAGUGUACGGUGCAUCCGAUUAUCCGGAGGCAGGCCUCCUUGCGUUAGCAGCUAUCGGGAUCGCGCACGUCCUUACAGCGCUCUCUGGCUAUUGGUCUGUGCACGCGCACUGUUGGCUCACUUGUUCCAAGGAGCCAGACUCUAAUGUGGCUACACUUGCAAAGGUCAUUCCCACCCCCAAUAACGGUUCUGCUGAACUUGUCGCACUACAGAGGGACCAGGAUGAGAAUGGAGAAAGGAUCUUAUCUUUUGAAUUUCAAAAGAUUCGUUACGUUUUUGACUCUAAAGAGAAGAAACGUUUCCUUCCAAUCGCAUUUCCCAUUAACAACCCACUGGGCUACUUUCAGUCGUGGCGUGGCUACCAAGAAGAGAGUGAGCUCAGAGCAGCAGAAAAGCAAUAUGGGACCAAUCGUGCUGAGAUGGUAGUGCCAGAUUUUCUGGAGCUUUUCAGAGAGCGGGCAACAGCUCCCUUUUUUGUUUUCCAGGUGUUCUGUGUGGGACUGUGGUGUUUGGAUGAGUACUGGUACUACAGCGUUUUUACAUUGUUCAUGUUGGUGGCGUUUGAGGCCUCCCUAGUUCAGCAACAAAUGAGGAAUAUGUCAGAGAUACGCCGCAUGGGAAACAAACCCUACAUGAUCCAGGUAUAUCGCAACAGAAAGUGGAGACCUAUUUCUAGUGAUGAACUUGUCCCUGGGGACAUUGUCUCAAUAGGACGUUCACCCCAGGAAAACUUGGUCCCAUGUGAUGUGCUGCUUCUCAGAGGUCGUUGUAUUAUAGAUGAGGCCAUGCUGACUGGAGAGUCUGUGCCACAGAUGAAGGAACCUGUGGAAGACUUAGACCCAGAGCGAAUUCUGGACCUUCAGUCAGACUCUCGCCUUCAUGUCAUCUCUGGUGGGACAAAAGUGGUCCAGCACAGUCCUCCUGUAAAAACCAGUGCAGGGCUCAAGCCCGUUGACAAUGGCUGUGUGGCCUAUGUACUGAGAACAGGAUUCUAUACCUCUCAGGGUAAACUGUUAAGGACCAUUCUUUUUGGUGUGAAGAGAGUGACUGCAAACAACUUGGAGACUUUUAUUUUCAUUCUGUUCCUGCUAGUGUUUGCCAUUGCUGCUGCUGCAUAUGUGUGGGUAGAAGGGACCAAAGAUGCCAGCCGAAAUCGCUACAAGCUUUUUCUAGAGUGCACACUUAUCCUCACAUCAGUGGUUCCCCCUGAACUCCCUAUAGAGCUUUCUUUAGCAGUUAACACAUCUCUUAUUGCCCUGGCUAAGCUCUAUGUAUUCUGCACAGAGCCCUUCAGGAUACCAUUUGCUGGGAAAGUAGAAGUUUGUUGUUUUGACAAAACAGGAACACUGACCAGUGACAGUUUGGUUGUUCGAGGGGUAGCAGGCCUCAGAGAGGGAAAAGAGGUGAUACCUGUGUCUGAAAUCCCAGUUGAGACGCAUCGUGUUGUGGCCACCUGUCAUUCAUUGGUUACUCUAGAUGAUGGACAACUGGUGGGAGAUCCUCUAGAGAAGGCAAUGCUGACAGCCGCUGACUGGACCCUUACUAAAGAUGAAAAGGUGUUCGCACGAGGCAUCAAAACCCAGGGACUUAAAAUCCACCAGCGUUUCCAUUUUGCCAGUGCUCUGAAGAGGAUGUCAGUCUUGGCCUCCUAUGAAAAACUCGGAUCCACUGAACUGUGCUACAUCUCAACAGUCAAGGGUGCUCCAGAGACACUGAGGGGAAUGUUUACAGAAUGUCCGGUAAAUUAUGACCAAGUCCACAAAGAAAUGUCUCGGGAAGGAGCUCGAGUGCUGGCCUUAGGUUACAAGGAAGUUGGACACCUCAGUCAUCAGCAGGUCCGGGAGAUAAGCCGUGAUGCUCUGGAGUGUGAUCUUCAGUUUGUAGGAUUUAUGGUUGUGUCAUGUCCACUCAAGAAUGACAGCAAAACGGUCAUCAAGGAGAUCCAAGAAGCAUCUCAUCAUGUGGUUAUGAUUACAGGAGAUAAUCCUUUAACUGCAUGCCAUGUUGCAAGAGAGCUCCACUUUAUCCAGAAAGAGCAUACACUUAUAUUGCAGCCCAGCCCUAAUCAGGGUGAGUGGUACUGGGAAUCCAUUGAUGGCAGUGUGUCUGUAUCGCUGCCCCCUCCUUCUGUUUCUACAUUUGUGCGUCAGUUUGACUUGUGUGUAACAGGAGAAGGGCUGGCCAAAUUGAGCAGUGAUCCCCGGUUACUCCACGCUUUGUUGCCACAUAUACGAGUGUUUGCUCGUGUCAGUCCAAAACAAAAGGAGUUUGUGAUCACCAGUCUAAAGGGGCUGGGUUAUGUGACACUCAUGUGUGGUGAUGGCACAAAUGAUGUAGGAGCUCUUAAACAUGCUCACAUAGGUGUAGCUCUCCUAGCCAAUGCCCCUGAGCGCUUGCCUGAAAAGAAGAAACGAGGGAGAGAAAAAGAAGCAUCCACAUCAGAUCCCAGACCUUUACCUCCUAUUGGUUCAGGUGCCAAACAGAGCUCCAGGGCAGCUAGACAGCGGAUCAUGAUUCAGAGGGAAGAGCAGCUUGCAGCACAAAAGGAAAGGAUCAGCCAAGUUCUACGAGAACUCGAAGAAGAUCAGGUACAAGUAGUUAAGCUGGGUGAUGCUUCCAUUGCUGCCCCUUUCACAUCGAAACUCUCUUCCAUACAGUGCAUCUGCCAUGUAAUAAAGCAAGGUCGUUGCACUCUGGUGACAACACUCCAAAUGUUUAAGAUCUUGGCUCUCAAUGCACUAGUGCUGGCCUACAGUCAGUCUGUUCUCUACCUCGAGGGAGUCAAGUUCAGUGAUUUCCAAGCGACUCUGCAAGGCUUGCUUUUAGCCGGAUGCUUCCUCUUCAUUUCUAGAUCAAAGCCUCUGAAAACAUUGUCUCGAGAACGGCCCUUACCAAACAUCUUCAAUCUUUAUACAGUGUUGACUGUGUUGCUGCAGUUUGCGGUUCACUUCUGCAGUCUUGUGUAUCUUUACAAAGAGGCACAAAGCAGAAGUCCACCCAGAGAGGAGCAGUUUGUUGAUCUGUACAAAGAGUUUGAACCCAGUCUAAUAAACAGCACUGUGUACAUUAUGUCCAUGGCCAUGCAGAUGGCCACCUUUGCCAUUAACUACAAGGGCCACCCAUUCAUGGAAUCUCUUAGUGAAAAUCGACCAUUACUGUGGAGCAUUGCCCUUUCAGGUUUAGCGAUUGUCGGACUUCUUUCUGGUUCUUCACCAGAAUUCAAUGAACAAUUUGCUCUUGUAGAUAUUCCAACUGAGUUCAAAUUCAUCAUUGCCCAGGUUCUAGUGGUGGACUUUGUUGCCGCUCUGCUAGUGGACCGUGUACUGCAGUUCUUAUUGGGCAAAGGAACUCUCAGGCUGCCUUCUUGAACUUCGUGCCAACAGCAAAUGCUGCCCUUAUAAACCAAACUGUAAAGGGAAAAAGGACUAUAGAGGGGGGAGAGAAUUACAGCUUUUGUGACAGCUGAGACAGUCAUGGCAUGAAGUACUGUUCACUCUGCGUAUUCCUUCCUUUGUCUUGUUCUAUCUCCCUUAAAUAUGUUUUUUAUUUUUAUCAAUUUCCCCCCCACACUU